CGAAGCUGCAACAUAUACAAUUGAAACGACUGCUAAUCUGUUUUGACUUGACAUUACUUUCGGUGUGUGGCUGGUUUAGUCUGUUGGUCUGUGUAUUUUCAGCAAUUCUCAGAAUGUAGGUUAAACUCAGAAGCUAGCUAGCCACACAAUGUCGUGUCAUAACCUUCCGUUUACUAUGUGUAAAUGUGGGACUAAUGGCAUUUGUGUUUUUACCCCAGUAAUUCGAGUAAUUCAUCCUGUCUGUAGCAACUAGCGUUAUUCGAUUGUUACAGCAACUUACAUCGAAUAGAUUAGUUCCAUAACAUUCUCUGGAGAAAUUCAACAGUUGCGGAUGUCGUGAUUUGAAAGUUUAAGCGAUGUCUCUGGUCACCUUCCUACGCUGGACCAUGAGCAGAACAAGCGGUAAACCUGUUGCUGUGCACGUCCUCCAGAAGAGGGCACUCUCUGGGGCAGACGCCAUCACUGCGUUGCGCCCCUUCUACUUCGCGGUGCACCCAGACUUCUUCGGUCAGCACCCCAGGGAGAGGGAAGUGAACGAGAACUCUCUCAAGAGGCUCAAUGGCUAUUUGGAGAACCUUCAGAAGCCAGGGUUUCGGUCCCUCAAACCAACCAAGCUGACCUUUUAUGUCAGGGAAACAACCGAGAGAAAAGAUGAUAUUCUUUCCGCAGGGUUUCGGUCUGUCAGCUUCACACUCAACACCAAGGACAUCCUGAGCACUGUGCAGGACGUGCUCCGCUCCUGUAGCCUGUCCAUGGAGCACAUUCAGGGUCUGGAGUCCAGUGCGGAUGGGCGCCCCCCGGAGGCAGGAGCGGCCUUCUACAGACCUAUCAGAUGGGAUAAGACCUACUAUGCCUUCACUGGGUACAGAGACCCUGAGCAGGAGCUUGAACAGGCUAAGAGAGUGGAGGCCUCACUCAGCCUGUGGCUGAGGAAUAAUGAGGCGGAGGCCAGUGAGAAGCAGAAGAGCAGCCUCCCCCGCAGAGAGGAGCUGAAGCGGCUGAAGACAGAGCUGUGUAACAGACUGGGUCUGACUGAUGUCAGGUGGCAGCGCAGCUGGGGAGUCACUCACAGGUGCAGCCAGUUGCAGAGUUUGAGUCGCUUCGCACAGCAAAAUCCUGAAUCUCUCCACAAUUUGAGAGGGCACACACUGGUAUUCACGGACCAAUCAGGGAUGAACGCCUCUGGUCAUGUGAUGCUUGGGACAAUGGAUGUCCAUCACCAGUGGGCUAAACUUUUCGAGCGGUUGCCUAGUUACCGUGCCCUGCGGCAGCAGACGGAGUGGCUGAAGGAGAGGAUCAGCCUGCUGCUCGGGGGCGUCCAGGUGAUUCACAUCGAGAGGCGAGGCCCCCUGCUGACCCUGGAGGAGCACUACAGGUCUCUCAGCGCCUUUCAUAAGAGGCUCCUGCCCCGGAGGCCUGCUCUGCACCCGCGCAGCCUGCAGGACCUGGCUCUGACCCUGGAGAGUGGCUCCUGGAGCCCCUACCUGCACGAGCUAGGCCAUUUCAUAGUCCCCACGGCCUGCGAGACCCACCAGCUGCAGACCGUCCUGCAAAGCCAAGCUCAGGAGGCCCGCAGACGCGUCAAACGACAUGAGAAGCUGGAGGUGGAGGAGCGGGAGCUGGUGCGCUGGUGUCAGGGGGAGCUGGCCCUCAGCAGGCUGCAGAAGGAGCCCAGCUUGUCCAGCCAGCAGAUGAUGACGUGCUGCAGACGUCUGCUGGAGGAGCGGCCGGUGCAGCUGCAGGGUCUGCGUCUCUGCGUCUCCCACUUCUACUCCGUCCUGCAGGACGGAGACCUCUGCAUCCCCUGGGACUGGAAGGGCUGAGCACCACGGCAUCCUGCUGGCACGGGACAGCCUGUGGGGGGCGCUCUGCCCAAACAACAAGCACUUUAUCCCGGCACUGGAAUGUUAUCAGUAUGAAAAGCUUGAUGAGUCACAAAAGCACCUCCUACAUUUGGGGGAUUAUUCUGUUGUUGAGGGCAGAGUGGAGUAUUAUUUAUAGUGAAACUAAGAAUGUACUGAAGUACAUUACUUCUGUUGAAAUCUGAUAUGAUGGUUAAUUAUUUUAAUCCUUCAUCUUCAGAGGCAGUGGACAUAAGAACAUUUAUGUUCAAAUUCACGUUCUGUUCUAUUCACCAUUACUGGCUUUUGUCAAAGCUCUCUCACAUAGUUUUUUCAGCCUUUUUCUCCUGGGCCCUGUCUUUGCUUCUCAUGAAAUUUGGCUGUUAAAUAGCAGGUGCAACUGUCUGGUGAAACAGCAACACUGCCAACCGUCUGUAUUGUCUGCACACAUCUUAGUCUAGUCUUAUUAUUCUUCACAGCAGAGCUGUGAGACUGACAUUUUCCGGUUUUCAUUUACUCUCAAUUGACUACCUAUCUUCACACUCAGGUUUUUCUAAAGAUUUCCUAUUGCUACCGUAAAAUUUCACACACAAGCAUGGCAAGUUAAGAUCUUUGAAGUUUUUAGGGGUUUACUUUACUUCCACUAGAUGGAGCACUUCUUCUAUGAGACCAAUUCCGAUAGUUCCGAAUAAGAGAUUGGUCUCACACCCACUAAUAUAAUACAGAUUGUGGUCACUCCAAGAAUAUUGUUCUUGUCUGGAUCCAUUUCUAUAUGUCCCCAUCAAAGGUGGACAAUAAUAACAUACUUUAUUACAGCAGGUCGCGGAGGCACCGGUGUAAUCUUGGAUUAGCUUUGUUGUAGUGUUGUUUGACAUUAAAUUGAUAUUAUGUCAACCAUUUAACUUUUGUCUUUAACAAAGGCCAGUAUUGGAAUACAAUUCAGUAUAAGGAUAUAGAGAUUAGUUUCCUUUUUAACAAAAGAAAAAAGGACACCAGUGCAGAAUCAAUAACCUUAAUUCUAUUUCAUCUAACAAAACAUCCUACUAAUAUUCAAGGUCAGUAUAGCAUAAGCUCAAAAUUGUUUGUGAAUUGUGAACUUACAGGUUUUGAGGUCAGAGGUUAUGAUUGUGUGAUUUGAAACAUGAAGGUUCUGGAAGGCUGGAAAUGGACGUAUGUCCAGUAGUAUACUGGGGAGAAGAGUUAGGAUGGUGCUACAAUUGAUGAAAUGCUGAAAUGUUUGUUGUCAGUUUUUUUUUUCCUUCCCUGUCUACUGGCUGUUGGUUGUUAUGGUUGGGUUUGGAUUGUAGUUGUGAAAUCAUCCAGGCAAUGUGGGAUCGCCAUAUGGAGCUGCAGGUCAGGAGUUGUUCCACUGUGAAGCAGAGGCCAUCAAAUCAAGAAACCGCCUAUUUAAACCCUAUUUUGGAACAUGUAAGGUUCCAAAAUAAGCUGAAAGAUGUACAGUAGCUUAGAUGUUUUGAAAAGAAAACUGGGUGGGGGACAUUAUUGAACACUAUUUGAGAGUUUCUGUUUAAAGAAAUAAAUCUAUUUACAGUUGAAUUAAUACUGGUAUGUGUACAGAGAACAGUUACUGUGAUACUGUUUAUAAUGUAAUAUUUAAUUAAUGUAAUGUAUUAACAAAUAUUGUGUUUAAAUAAUAAAACUUUGAAAAUGA